AGAUAUUCGCGAUUUUGUCCUCAAUUUCACAAAUAUAAACAUUCGAAUCAAUCAUAUCAAUCAAAUUAUCCGCUUUCUUUUUUCAAUUUUCGAAUCAUUUCUGAUACCUAAAGCGAUCAAUUCCUGGUUAACCGGAAAACAAUCUCUGAUCAUCUUCAUCAGUAGCGAUGGGUGGCUCUCAUAGUCGUGAAGGUCUUGAUCUCUCGGAUUCAGAUGAUUAUGAAGACAGAGACGAACAAUCAGAAGAGGAAGAAGAAGAAGACGAAUAUCAAGAUGCGCAAGAAGAACAUAAAAAAGCUCCGAUUAAUUCCGUGGAUGAUCUCGAUUCAAAGCUUAAAGCACUUAAGCUGAAAUACUCUUCUGUGGAAAACCCUAAUUUGAAGAACGCGGUGAAGCUGUACCUUCAUAUCGGUGGUAACACUCCUAAAGCUAAGUGGAUUGUUUCUGAAAAAAUUACUAGUUAUAAGUUUGUUAAAGUUCGUAAAAUUGAAGAUGCUGAUUAUGACGAGUUUGAUGAUGACGAUGAUGAUGAUGAGAGUAGCGAGGGUUUUUGGAUUUUGAAAGUAGGAUCUAAGAUUAGAGCUAGGGUAUCGGUUGAUAUGCAAUUGAAAAUGUUUGGAGAUCAGCGUCGUGUUGAUUUCGUUGAUACCGGAGUGUGGGCGAUGAAGUUUGUCCGAGAUGAGGAUUACCGUGAGUUUUUAACUAGGUUUCAGAAUUGUUUGUUUGAGAACGUGUAUGGCUUGAAGGCUACCGAUGAGAAUAAGGUGAAGGUUUACGGAAAGGAUUUUAUGGUGUGGGCGAAACCAGAGGUUGCAGAUGAUUCCAUUUGGGAGAAAGAUGAUGAUGAGUUAUGGAGGAGUACUCCAACAAAAACAACUCCACAGAGAGGUAGCAAUGAUUUGCUGGAAGAAUUCGAGGAAGCAGCAUCUGAUGGUGGAAUACAGAGUCUGGCAUUAGGAGCACUUGACAACAGUUUCCUGGUGAAUGAUUCAGGUGUACAGGUCGUAAAGAAUUUCAGCCAUGGAAUCCAUGGAAAAGGGGUUUAUGUUAAGUUCGAUAACGGAAGUAAAAACAUUGGUGGUUCUUCACAAUAUUCAAAUCGAACACCUCAGAAGGCUCUGUUAAUGAAAGGCGAAACCAACAUGUUGCUCAUGACUCCAUUGAAAGAGGGAAAACCUCAUUCCUCGGGUGUAAACCAACUGGAUAUAGAAACAGGGAAGAUCGUCACCGAAUGGAAAUUUGAAAAAGAUGGAGCUGAUCUCAACAUGAGAGACAUCACAAACGACACAAAGGGCUCACAAUUGAAUCCUUCUGAUUCCACAUUCUUGGGUUUAAACGACAACAUUUUAUCUCAAUGGGACAUGAGAGAUCGAAGAGGGGUAGUUCAAAACAUCGCAGAUUCCGAUUCCCCGGUUUUAAACUGGACAAAAGGACAUCAAUUCUCUAGAGGAACGAACUUCCAGUGCUUUGCUACCACCGGCGAUGGUUCAAUCGUCGUCGGCUCCAUCGACGGGAAGAUCCGGUUGUACUCCACCACCUCCAUGAGACAGGCGAAGACUGCAUUCCCAGGGCUCGGUUCCCCAAUCACUCACGUUGAUGUGACAUAUGAUGGGAAAUGGAUACUCGGCACCACUGACACUUAUCUCAUUCUAAUCUCUACUCUUUUCACCGAUAAAGAUGGAAAGACAAAAACCGGGUUCAGUGGUCGAAUGGGGAGCAAAAUCCCAGCUCCGAGGUUGUUGAAGCUAACUCCGGUGGAUUCACAUACUGCCGGAAAGCAGAAUAAGUUUCACGGUGGCCGGUUUUCAUGGGUGACGGAGAGUGGGAAGCAAGAGCGGCACCUGGUGGCGACGGUGGGGAAUUUCAGUGUGAUUUGGGAUUUCCAGCGAGUGAAAGACAGUGGACAUGAAUGUUACAAGAAUCAGCAAGGUUUGAAAAGCUGUUACUGUUAUAAGAUUAUGGCGAAGGAUGAAUCGAUUAUAGAGAGUCGGUUUAUGCAUGAUAAAUAUGCGGCGGUGAGUGACUCGCCGGAAGCACCGUUGGUGGUGGCGACCCCCAUGAAAGUUACCUCCUUCAGCAUGUCUGAUGGAAAAGGCAAACGGAGAUUUAAAUAAAUAUUUUAUGGGUGCUCCUAUUAGCACGAAUUUAUUCGUGUAUAAGCAAUCAGUAGACAAUCAAUCCCAUCA